AUGUUGUUGAAUAAUAUUUUCAAUGUGAAAACGGCACGAAUAUGGAAUUCGUUGUCCCGCCAAUAUCAUCCAUUUCAGACCAGCAAGGCCGUCGCGUCGGUGUUUAAUGUCAACGAUGCCAUUGCACGUGGAAGAAGAGGAUUUUGCAACUCUAAGAAACUCCAGGGGCCAUUAGAAUGGUCAAACUACCGUGAAGUAGGACGUACCUUAGUGGAUAAACAAUUGGUCGACAAUAGUUAUAAGUAUGAUGUUAAUGCUAUAACACAGCUACCGAAACCAUAUGAACAACACAUAGAUAAGGUGGUAGUCUCCAAGGCCUUGGGCUUCUCACCACUCUUCAAGUACUAUGUCGACCCACUUUCGAUGGUUAAGUUCGCAAGUAAGUACGUGCUGAGUUUGCGUUUCUUCUUUAUCUAUAUGGCCCGUACUACGUUCCAAGCCGUACGUCCACUACUUGCCUUCUGUGUAUUCGGUGAGAUUAUGAAACUCAUCUUAGCAAACAUCAGCGGUGGCGUUCCGGCAUUCCUCUUCUCAUUUGUGUUAGCAUUUGAAGUACUAUACUUUUUCCUGCAGUGCUACAUCUCCUAUACCUUCCUUACAAUGUUCUUUACUGUGAUGUUCUGAGGAUAAAUAUGGAGUGUGAACUAGA